GCGGCGGCGGCAGCGCGGAGGGCAGUGCCGAGGCGGCGGGACGGGGGAGGCCGGUGCCGCUGCCCGCCCCCGCCGCUCCGGCAGCCUCCGUGAAGAUGGCGAGGGCGGCGGAGCGGGGCGGUGCGCGGCUGGGGCUGCUGCUGCUGGGGCUCCUGGUGCUGCCCGCCGCCUCCCGCCCGCCCGCCUCCUUCCCCAGCGAUGUGAACGGGCACAGCCUCCACCCGCCCUACUUCAACCUGGCCGAGGGCACCCGCAUCUCCGCCACCGCCACCUGCGGUGAGGAGGCGGUGGGCGCCGGUAGCCGCCGCGCCGUGGAGGACCUCUACUGCAAGCUGGUCGGGGGGCCGGUGGCCGGGGGGGACCCCAACCAGACCAUCCAGGGCCAGUACUGCGACAUCUGCUCCUCUGCAAACAGCAACAAGGCCCACCCCAUAACAAAUGCCAUUGAUGGGACAGAGCGCUGGUGGCAGAGCCCCCCUCUCUCCCGGGGGCUGGAGUUCAACCAGGUCAACGUCACUUUGGACCUUGGACAGCUCUUCCACGUGGCAUAUGUCCUCAUCAAAUUUGCCAAUUCCCCGCGUCCUGACCUCUGGGUGCUUGAGCGAUCUACCGACUUUGGCCUUACCUACGAGCCCUGGCAGUACUUUGCCUCUUCCAAGAGGGACUGCAUUGAGAAGUUUGGACUGCAAACUGUGGAUCGUAUCACCAAGGAUGACCAUGCCAUCUGCACUACUGAAUACUCCCGGAUCGUGCCUUUAGAAAAUGGGGAGAUUGUUGUCUCUCUGGUAAAUGGGCGCCCAGGAGCCAUGAACUUCUCCUACUCUCCUCUCCUGCGGAAUUUCACGAAAGCCACCAACAUCAGACUGCGCUUCCUGCAGACAAACACUCUGCUCGGGCACCUGAUGGGCAAAGCCUUGAGGGACCCUACAGUGACAAGGAGGUACUACUACAGCAUCAAGGAUAUCAGCAUUGGAGGGCGCUGUGUCUGCCAUGGCCAUGCAGAUGUCUGUGAUGCCAAAGACCCUAGUGACCCUUACAGGCUGCAGUGUGACUGCCAGCACAACACCUGCGGCGGGUCCUGCGAUCGCUGCUGCCCCGGCUUCAACCAGUUCCCGUGGAAGCCCGCCACUGCCAACAGCGCAAACGAAUGCCAGCCCUGCAAUUGCAAUGGCCAUGCCUACGACUGCUACUACGACCCAGAGGUGGAUCGCCACAAAGCCAGCAAAAGUCGUGAAGACAAGUUUGAAGGGGGAGGUGUUUGCAUUGACUGUCAGCAUCACACCACUGGCAUUAACUGUGAGAGGUGCAUCCCAGGAUACUACCGGUCCCCUGACCACCCGAUCGACUCUCCGUACAUUUGCUAUCGCUGUAACUGUGAGUCUGACUUCACCGAUGGCACCUGCGAGGACCUCACCGGCCGCUGUUACUGCAAGCCCAAUUACACUGGGGAGCACUGUGAUGCCUGUGCCGAGGGAUACCUCAACUUCCCCCACUGCUACCCUGUUCCAGCUUUUGCUCACAACGAUACUGGAGAACAGGUGCUCCCUGCGGGACAGAUAAUAAACUGCGAUUGCUACGCCGGUGGCACGGAAGGCAACGCCUGUCGCAAAGACCCUCGGGUGGGGAUGUGCGUCUGCAAACCCAACUUCCAGGGAACACACUGUGACCAGUGCGCCCCAGGCCACUAUGGCCCCAGCUGCCAGCCCUGCCAGUGCUCCGGCCCCGGUCAGUAUGAUGGCACCUGUGACAGCGAGACAGGGCAAUGUCUGUGUCGAACGGGAUUUGAAGGGCACUUGUGUAACCAGUGCGCUCCCGGCUACUUCAACUACCCUCUGUGCCAGCUGUGCGGCUGCAGCGUGGUCGGGACGCUGCCGGGAGGCUGCGACUCCGCUGGGAGGUGUUUCUGCAGACCCGAGUUUGCUGGGCCGCGGUGCGAGCAGUGCAGUCCUGGGCACCACUCCUACCCCCACUGCUACGCUUGCUCCUGCGACUCCCGGGGUGCGGUGGACAACAACUGCAGCCCAGCUGGCCAGUGCCGAUGCCACGUGAAUUUUGCGGGACACACCUGCAACCAGUGUGCCCUGGGCUUCUAUGGGUACCCCAGCUGCACACCGUGCCAGUGCUCGCGGGAGGGCUCCCUGCAUAGCACCUGCCACCAGGAAACGGGGCAGUGCAGCUGCCGCCCCAAAGUGACGGGGCUGCACUGCGAUAGCUGCGUGCCGGGCGCCUACGGAUUUCCACACUGCGAAGUGGGCUCCUGUAACCCAGCAGGGUUGGUGACUGCAGAUCCCUCACUGGCCCCGGGGUCCUGCGCGUGUCGGGCGUACGUUGAAGGCCCAGCUUGCGACAGAUGCAAGCCCUUGUACUGGAACCUGACUCCAGAGAACCCCUACGGCUGCAUAAGCUGUAAGUGUGAUACCAGGGGCACCAUCAGCGGAAUCGCGGAGUGCCAGCAGGGCGACGGGCAGUGUUUCUGCAAACCCAACAUCUGCGGCCAGUUCUGCUCAACGUGCAAAGACGGCUACUUCAAUAUGCAGAACGCAAAUUACUUUGGCUGUCAAGGCUGCCGGUGCGAUGUCGGCGGGUCGCUGGGGCCAUCCUGCGAGGAGCGGAGUGGAGCUUGUCGCUGCCGGCAGAGCACACGUGGCCCCACCUGCACCCAACCCGCACGGGACCAUUAUUUCCCUGAUCUUCACCACUUGAAAUUCGAGCUGGAGGAAGGCACCACGCCGGCCGGCCGGGCUGUGCGCUUCGGCUACAACCCCCUGGAGUUUGAGGGCUUCAGCUGGCGAGGAUACGCACAGAUGUCCUCCAUCCAGCCCAAGGUAGUGGUGACUCUCAAUGUGACCUCCCCCGACCUCUUCCGCCUCGUCUUCCGCUACGUCAGCCGGGGGCCCGCCAGUGUGGAAGGGAGGGUCUCGGUCGUUGAGGAAGGAAAGUUUAAUGUUUGUGGCAACUGUACAGAGCAGACCAAGCAGAUUGUCUUUGCUCCCAGCACGGAGCCAGCCUUUGUCACCGUCCCCCAGAACAGCUUUGGGGAGCCCUUCGUACUCAACCCCAACACUUGGUCUCUGGUUGUUGAAGCAGAGGGUGUGCUGCUGGACUAUCUGGUUUUGCUACCCAGCUCAUACUAUGAAGCUCCAAUACUGCAACUAAAGGUGACGGAGCCAUGUACCUACCAGCCAGCUCCUGAACAAGCCACCCAGAACUGCCUCUUGUAUAAGUACCUGUCUGUGGAUGGCUUCCCUGCUGCGCCAGGGGUGGACGCGGUGUGCAGGCUGGACAACCGGUUACCCAGAGUGUGUCCCACGGAGCAGCUCACCCCCUCCCAUCCACGGAUGGCGACAUGCAGCGGCAGUGAUGUGGAAGUCCAGCUGUCCCUGCCCGUUCCCCAGCCUGGGAAAUACGUGCUGGUGGUGGAGUACGCCAACACCAAUGCUUUGCAGACAGUGGGUGUUGCUGUGAGCUCACCGCACUUGGCCAUGCAGCAGGGCACAUUCAUCUUCUACCCGUGUGUCUACAGCUUCCUUUGUCGUGGGAUUGCUGUAGAUUCCCAGAGCCGCAUGGCAACUUUUGAACUUACCUCAGAGGCCACCAUUCAGUUCACCUCUGAUCUGGCUGACUUCUUCCUGCACAAAGUGUACCUCAUACCCGCUGCAGAGUUCACCAUGGAGUUCAUCGAGCCAAAGGUGCAUUGUAUCAGCGUCCAUGGCACGUUCUCAUCCAACAGCUCCUGUGUUCCCUCGAGGUUCCUGAAGCUUUCCCAGUCGAUCGUUUUGGAGGGGGCUCAGGCUCUGCCCAUCGCCCCUGAUGUCCCCCUGGCUCAGGCCGUCCAUGUGGCUCCAGCUGGGGUCCCGGUGGAACCUGCCCCUCGGCCUCCCACGGCAAUGGACCCCGCUGCAGAGCUCAUCCUCCUGCAGCCACCACAGGCUGCGGUUGUGUUUAACAGUCGGAUCCAGACCCUGGGACGCUACGCUUUCAUCCUGCAUUACUACCAGCCCAGCCAUCCCAGCUUCCCUGUGGAAGUGUUAAUCAACGGUGGGCGCAUCUGGCAAGGACAGACCACUGCUCCUUUCUGCCCCCAUGGCUACGGGUGCCGGAGCCUGGUAGUUUCUGAGGACCAGAUUGUCCUGGACGUUACCGAUAAUGAUCUGACUGUGGUUGUUCGAGUUCCAGAGGGCAAGCGGCUGUGGCUGGAUUACAUCCUGGUGGUGCCUGAGGACAGCUACAGCUCUCAGUACCUGCAGGAGGAACCCCUGGACAAGUCCUAUGAUUUCAUCAGCAGCUGUGGUGUCAACAGCUUCUACAUCAACCCCAGCACAUCAUCGAGGUUCUGCCGUGACUCCGCCAUCUCGCUCUCCCUCUUCUACAACAACGGGGCCCAACCCUGCCGGUGCCACGAGGCAGGGGCGCGGGGCAGCCAGUGCGAGCCCUUCGGCGGGCAGUGUCCCUGCAAGUCCAACGUCAUCGGGCGAGAGUGCUCCCGCUGUGCCACCGGCUACUGGGGCUUCCCCAACUGUAGGCCCUGCGACUGCGGGACACGUCUCUGCGACGAAGUGACGGGGCAGUGCAUCUGCCCUCCGCAUACCCUGAAGCCAGAGUGUGUUGUCUGCGAGCCCCAGACCUUCGGCUGCCACCCCCUCAUCGGCUGCGAGGACUGCAAUUGCUCUCGGCCCGGUGUGCAGGAGCUGACGGAGCCAGGCUGCGAUGUGGACAGCGGGCAGUGCAGGUGCAAACCCAACAUCAUCGGGCGACAGUGCGACCUCUGUGCCCCUGGCUACUACCACUACCCCAACUGCCGGCGGUGUGACUGCCACCAGGCUGGCACCGAAGCAAGUGUGUGUGACCCGGUCACAGGGCAGUGUCACUGCAAGGAAAAUGUGGAGGGCCCGAGGUGUGACCAAUGCCGCCUGGGGACGUUUUCUUUGGACGCCAGUAACCCAAAGGGCUGCACCAAGUGUUUCUGCUUUGGUGCGACCGAUCGCUGCCGCAGUGCUGAGAAGCACCGAGCUGAGUUUGUCGACAUGAACGGGUGGCUCUUGUUGAGCAGCGACCGCCAGGAAGUGCCGACAACUCUGAGCCUGCGGGAGCAGCUUGUCCGUGCUGAUCUCAAGAACCUCCCAGAUGCCUACCAGGAGCUCUACUGGGUUGCACCCAGCUCCUACCUUGGGGACCAGGUUUCCUCCUAUGGUGGGCACCUGCGCUAUGAGCUGCACUCCGACCCGCGGAGGGGGGACGUGUUCAUUCCCAUGGAGUCUCGCCCGGACGUGAUCCUGAAGGGAAAUCAAAUGAGCAUCAUGUUUCUGGAAGGCACCUACCCAUCCCCAGGGGAGGUCCAUGAAGGCCAGCUGCAGCUGGUGGAGAGCAACUUCAGGCACACGGAGACUCACAACCCUGUGUCCAGAGAGGAGCUCAUGAUGGUGCUGGCAAACCUGGAACAGCUGCAGAUCCGGGCGCUCUUCUCCCAGCUCUCUUCCUCCGUGUCCCUGCGCCGCGUGGUGCUGGAGAUGGCAACAGAUACAGCUACGGGCAUCCGUGCCAGCAACGUGGAGCUGUGCUUUUGCCCAGCUAACUACCAGGGGGACUCCUGCCAGGAAUGUGCUCCAGGUUACUACAGGGACACCAAGGGGCUCUUUCUGGGAAAAUGCAUCCCAUGUCAUUGCAACGGCCACUCAGAUCAGUGUCUGCCGGGCUCCGGGAUAUGCCUUAACUGCCAGCACAACACCGAGGGGGACCACUGUGAGCGAUGCAAGGAUGGCUACGUGGGCAGCCACUCUGCCGAAGAACCCCUGCAGUGUGUUGGAUGUCCGUGCCCUCUUUCAGUUGCCUCCAACAAUUUUGCUGUCGGUUGUGUCCACAAGGGCUCCAACAUGCAGUGCCUCUGCAAGCCUGGCUACGCUGGACCCAACUGUGAGCGGUGUGCCCCAGGAUACUAUGGCAAUCCCUUGGUGAUUGGCAGCUCAUGCCAGCCCUGCGACUGCAGCGGGAACACAGAUCCCAACAUGCUGUUCAGCAGCUGCGACUCCCUGACGGGCGCCUGCACAGGGUGCAUGCACCACACGGCCGGCGCGCGGUGCGAGGUCUGCGCCCCGGGCUACUACGGGGAUGCGGUGGUAGCCAAGAACUGCACACAGUGCAGCUGUUCACCUUGUGGGACUGAUUCAUGCCAUCCGCGAACUGGCCAGUGCUUCUGCAAGACUGGAGUGACAGGCCAGCACUGCGACCGCUGCGAGGAGGGAUACUACGGCUUCGAGGGAUGCUCCGGCUGCCGGAGGUGUGACUGCGACGUCGGUGCUGUGGGGAGCAGCUGCCACGCGCAGACGGGCCAGUGCAGCUGCCUGCCUGGCGUCAGCGGCUCGCGCUGCCAGCAGUGUGCCCUGGGCUACUGGGGCUUCAGCGAGAGGGGCUGUACACGGUGCGAGUGCAGAGGGGGCUCCUGCGACCCACGCACUGGGGAGUGCACUUGCUCCAACGGGCUGACAGGGAAGCAGUGCGACGUCUGCAUGCACGAGUAUGAGAUCCCGGUGGCAAACGGCCCGGACAACAUGAGGUGUGAAGUGUGUGACAGCUGUGUCCUGCUGCUGCUGGAGGAUCUGCAGAGCAUUGAGAGGUCCUUCCCCUCCAUUCGUGGUCAGCUGGUCAACCUCAACGCCAGCUCCAUCGCCUGGGCUCGCCUCCAUGGUCUCAACAGCACUAUGGUGGCUGUCGCUAAUCAGCUCCGUGAGUACCUGAGAGCCAUGAACAAGGUCAGGCAAAGGGCUGAUGAGCUGGAGGAUGAGAACGUGGACCUCACGCAGGACCUGAACGCGCUGCAGCACAAAAUGACAAUGACUCACAGAGAAGCGAACCGGAUUGAGCAGCACACGAGAGAGACUUACCAGAGGGGGGAGCAGGUCCUGCUAAAUAUCCAAAGCAUUCAGAAGGGCAUUACAGACCUGGUGCGGCAGAUGGCCAGGCUUGGGGCAGCAAACGCCAGCACCACCUCCACCGAGGAGUUUCGGCAGAAGAUGGCCGAGGUGGAAAGAAUGCUGCGGGAGAUGAAGGAGAGGAGUCUGGGCAGCCAGGAGGAGCUGGCAAGGCGCGAGCACGAGGAGGCUCAGAAGCUGCUGCACCGGGUGAAGAGUGAGCUGCAUGCCCGCUGGGAGUCCAACCAGGACCUGGUGAGCAGCAUCCGGGACCGGCUGGCGCAGCACAGCUCCCAGCUGAUGGAUCUCCGCGACGCCCUCAACGAGGCUGUGAACAAAACCAGGCAGACAGAGGACUUGAACAGCCUGAACCGCAACAACCUGGAGGAGAGUCAGCAAAAGAGCCGUGAACUCCAAAAGCAGUAUGCACUGGUGCAGGAGACCCUGAGGAUGGCCAAGGACUCCCUGGCCCAGGUCUCCGACUUCCUGCAGAAGAUGGAGAGUGCAAAGGAGGCGUACGAGAAGCUGGCAGCCCUGCUGGAUGGGGCGAAGCUGCCCCUGACCGAGCGGGUCAAGAAGUUCUCCCCAGCCAGCAGCAAGAUCCCCAUUGUGGAGCAGGCGGAGGAGCAUGCCCGGCUCCUGGAUGAGCUUGCAAGGAACCUAUCCAGCAUUAUCCAGGGCACAAACCAGGAUGGCUUUAUCCAGCGGGCGAUCGAUGCCUCCAAUGCCUAUGCCAGCAUCAUUGAGGCUGUGAAAAAAGCUGAGCGAGCAGCCCACGAUGCUGAUGAGGCAGCCGGCGAGGCUUUGAUGAAUGUCAUAUCGGAAAAUCUUGGGGCUAUCUCUAAAGAGCUGAAGAGGAACAGCAGCAACCUGGAGGAGGCUGUGAGGAGAGGGCAGAGAAAACUCAACGGGGCUAUUAAAGGCACUCUGCAGACAGCAAAGGACAAGCUGGCUGACCUCCGUGUGAAGAAGGAGCAGCUCCUGAGCCAGCUCCAGUCUGUGCAGGACAUGCUGGGCAGGGACCAAGAGGACACAAAAGAGACGAUCCAGAAUGCCAAAGCAGCAGCUGCUGAGGCCAAUGAAACAGCUGCGAGAGUGGAAGAUACCCUGAGCACCAUGAAGAAGAACCUGGACGAGUGGAAAGACCAGUAUGGAGGCCUUCGAAAUGAAGACCUGAACCAGGCAGUCCAGGACGCCAGGAAAUCUGUGUCCAGCCUGGAAAGCACCAUCCCGCUGCUGCUGGGGAAGCUGAGCAGCCUGGAGAACAGGAGGAACAAGAACGCCACCGUGUCAGAGAACAUUGUGCGGAUCCGACAGCUCAUCACGCAGGCGAGGAAUGCCGCCAGCAAGGUGAAAGUCCCCAUGAAGUUCAACGGCAGCUCGGGUGUGCAGGUCCGGAUGCCCAGCAACCUGCAGGAUUUGGCAGCCUAUACAUCCCUCAAAUUCUACAUCCAAAACCCUGAGCCCAGGAGCCGGCAGCGACAGCAGGACGGAGUAGAGGAGGGGCGGUUCGUGUUGUACCUGGGCAGCCGGGAGGCCACUGGAGACUACCUGGGCAUCGUGCUCAAGGACCACAAAGUGCAUUGGGUGUACAAACUGGGCGAUGAGGAGCCAGCCUCCCUAACCGUCGAUGAGGAUAUUGGAGAGCAGUUUGCCACCAUCAGCAUCAACAGGAUCCUGCAGUAUGGGCAGAUGUCAGUCAUCGUGGAGAGGCAAACGGUGCACGAGACCAAGGGAGACAGCGUGGCCAAGGGGGAGCAGGGGCUGCUCAACCUCGACCCGCGCAACGUGGUCUUCUACGUGGGUGGCUACCCUUCCAGCUUCACGCCUCCUCCCACUUUGCGCUAUCCCAACUACCGUGGGUGCCUGGAGCUGGACACACUGAACGAGGAGGUGGUGAGCCUGUACAACUUCCAACACACCUUCCAGCUGGAUACUACCGCCGAGAAGCCCUGUGCGAGGUCCAAGUCCACAGGAGAUCCCUGGUUGACCGAUGGCUCCUACUUUGAUGGCACUGGUUAUGCGGAGAUCAAGUUUGAGAGCCAGUUUGGCACAACCAAGCGCUUCGAGCAGGAGAUCCGUGUGGUCUCCUACAACGGCAUCAUCUUCUUUCUGGAGAACCAGGGUCAGUUCCUGUGCCUGGCCAUCCGGGAUGGGAAGCUGGUGCUUUACUAUGAUUUCAGCACUGGCCUGGAAAUGGCAAAACCCAGCAGCAACUCCUCCUCCCUGACCAUCAGCAGCACCACAAACAAAGCGAUCCAGAUUUUCCUCCUCAAAAUGAAUAACAAGAAGCGCAUCCUGGUGCGGCUGGAGCGUCUCACCAUCUUCAUGGUGGAGCAGGAGAACUCCCUGGAGAACGCUGUCUCCUACUACCUGGGUGGUGUGCCCCCAGCUGUGCUGCCCCCCAGUUUGAAAGCCCUCUUCCCCACGGGUGGGCCCAUCCGGGGCUGCAUGAAGGGCUUGAAGGCUCUUGGCAAGUAUGUCGACCUGAAGCGCAUGAGCACCGUCGGCGUGAGCUAUGGGUGCACCUCGGACCUUCUGGUGGCUCGCUCAGUCAGUGUCCACGGCCGUGGCUACCUGACCCUGGCCCUGAAGGACGUGCCGGGACUGCGGGACUUCUACAGCGGCUUCAGCUUCCGGACAAGCCAGCACGAGGGGCUGCUCUACCUCCACAGCAGCCAGGAGGGGACGUGCCGGGUGUCCCUCCAGAGGGGACAGCUGGCCUUGAACUUGCUGGAAACCGAAGUCACCACUGAAAAUGCGUAUGCGGAUGACAGGACCCACUACGUGGCCUUCUACAGCGAUGCCCGUGGGGUCCGGCUGUACGUGGACGACGAGCUGCAGGACACUGCUGCAGGUGCUGGGCCCAGCCGGCGGCAGCGACGGCAGGAUGGGCGGCUGCUCUUCCAGCUCGGGGGUUCACCAGAGCCAGGUGCCCUCAGCAACCUCACCGGCUGCAUCGGGAAUGUCUUUGUCAAGCGGGUGACAGAGCCACAGAUGGUGGUGGACCUGCAGCAGAACGUGGAGAGCAUCAACGUCACCAUGAGCUGUCCCUGGGGUGAGCAGCCGCAGCAGCUCAGGGUCACUCCAAAGAAGGACAGACGGAAACCCAAGGUGCCAGGCAAGCCCGCCUCAAAGGGCCGCCGCCACGACUGGGACGGGCUCUGCUGGCUGCACCCACAGCCCCAUGCAGCCGGGGGCACCUUCCGCUUCGGGGGUGCCCCGAGCAGUCGCUGGGAGUUCGAGGAGAUCCCAGCCUCCUUUGGCCAGAGGUCCCAUUUCUCCUUGGAGGUGAAGCUGAACUCCUCCAGUGGGCUGCUUUUCUACGUGGCGGGCGAGCAGGGCACCUUCAUGGCUCUUUUUGUCUCCAACGGGCGCUUUGUCUUCCUGGUGGAUGUCGGCGGGCGCCGACUGCGCAUCCGCAGCAAAGACAAGUACCGGGACCGGCGGUGGCACACGGUCUUCUUCAGCAGAGACCAGAGCCGAGCCCAGCUGGUCAUUGAUGGGCUACGAGCCCAGGGUGCUGCAGUGGCCACCGCGGGGCUCUUUGUGGCCCAGACCCCCUUGUACGUUGGGGGUGUCCCAGCUGGAAAAGCCAAGGCUCACAUACCGGUCACGUUGGCCUCCAGCUUUGAUGGCUGCUUGAGGAACCCACAGCUGGACGGGAGGCCCCUGGGUCCCCCCUCACGCACCUUUGGGGUGACGCCAUGCUACGAGGGUGCACUGGAGAGCGGGGUCUUCUUCGCUGCGGAUGGCGGGUCCAUCAUCCUCGCUGAUGGGGUUGUGACCGAGCAGGACUUGGAGGUGACACUGGAGGUCCGUCCCCGCAGUGCCUCUGGCCUCAUCUUCCACGUCGGCACGAGGAGAAGCCACCAUCUUCUCCUGUACAUGGAGGAGACGAAGGUCACUGUGAGAGCGAAUGUUGGGGCUGAUGAGUUCUCCGCGUCGGUGACGUGCCCAUCUCUCUGCGACGGGCAGUGGCACACCAUCGCAGUUACCAAAUGGAAAAACAUAAUCCAGGUUGACGUGGACACGGACGGCAACUACACGGUGGGACCCAGCCAGCCUCCUGCACCCAGCGCAAGGGGCACCUUCUCCGUGGGAGGGCUCCCAGAGCCAGACGAGGCCAGCCCAGUGUCACCGUUACCCCCCCUCCCUCAUUACGUGGGCUGUAUCAGGAACCUGGUGAUUAACCGGCGCCACGUGGACCUGCCGCGAGCCGGGACUGUCAGGGGCUCCGUUGGCCUUAAGGGUUGCCCCGUGCUAUAAGUAAGUGCACCUCCGUGUACAGCCUGACCGCCAGAAAGCUGCACCGCUCCCCGGGCCCCGGACGUCACCUACUCGAUAGCAUUAACCGUGGUCAAACAUGCUUGAUCUCCAGUGGCUGCAGGUGCAAGUCUGGGGCCAAAACCAGAGAGGGGCCAGGAAUCCAAGGGGAAGGAGGGCAGGGGAGAAAGGUGGGGAGAAGGGGGCACUUCGGGGACAUUUUUCACAAAUAUAACCAAAAAGUUGGAGCGGGAUGUGGAGACAGGGCUGAGUCCUUCCCCGGUGGUCAAGUGUCUGGACCAGGCCUUAUGCUGGCACAUGGCUCGUCGUAAGAGUGUCCGUCCUCUGCAGCACGUGGGCUGAAGCUCAGCAGCGUGUCCUAAAUCCUGUUCCCUUCACCCCACACUCACAACGCACAUAGAUUUAGUUCACAGAACACUUGAGGCUAUUAAUAACAGUCACAGACUGUCUUCUGCUAAAGGCUGUAGGCAGUUUCUGGUUUAUAAUAAAUGCAAUUAGGGCAAACUGGAUUAAUUCCGUCACUUUUGUGUUUUUAUAAGCAAGGACGCAUUUAACCUCCUCCCAAGGUCAGUCUCGGUUCACCUGCCACCGCUACGCAAAAAGCUCUGCAAGGGGGAACUCGGACAAAAUUCUGUUCACAGAAUUAGCAUCUUCUUAUCAGAUUAAUUUAUAAGAAUCAAAACAAAGGAACAAAACGGGCUGGGAGAGCUGCCGAGGGAAAGCAGAGAGACACAAACGCCACUCUGACUCCGCAGUCGCAUUCAGCGCUGGCAGAUACACUGACAAACGUCCUGUUGCGCGCAGCAAGAGACUGUUGCUUGACAGGGAAGACGCGGGACCGGUUACCUCUGAGUCUGGCCGGGGGCGAGGUGUCCCAUCCCUCACCCCCCGCCAGCAGCCGCCUUCUGCCCAGCCCCGCUCCUGCCCGGUGCCGCGCGGGCUGCACCUGAAAACGCUUUCUCUCCAGACACCUACUUCACUCGUGCACUUACACGUCAUAUAUAUAUUUGUGUGUGUGUAUAUAUAUAUUUAGCCACCUGGGGACAAAAUCUUGCUUCUGAAAUGGACUUA